AUGCUGGUGGUACGGAUUCGCUUAAGCUAUGGAUGUGACGGUUUUGCUGACGUUUCUCCAGCUCGCAGUCCUGGACGAGGUUGUCAGGAGCAUCCGAUCUCGGUGACGCCGGUGCAGUUUGACGACAGACUACGACGGCUUGAAGAAGAACAGAACCAGAUCAUCCGCUCCGCUCACCAGCCGCGUCGUCCAAGAAGAACCGAUCGACCCAACGAUACGGCGCAACGACCAGUUCACGGUGAGACUUUAAUGGUCCACCUCCAUGGUUUCCAUAACAAUGCAGGGGAUCUACCCCCACUGGAUCUCAGUCAAUUCGACCACGACUUCCCACUGCUUUUUUUGGCCAACGUGUGCGAGUCCGUCCGAGCUUAUAACUAG